UAGUUUAUUAUGAACGAACUGGCUAAACUCCACCCAGUCAAGUGAAAUAAAUUGAGUAAUACGAACACUACAAAAAGUUCAAAAAUGACUUUACGACAAUAUUACAGAUUACUCCUAGGUUUAAUUGGAUUCAACGUUCAUGGGCAGCGAGUUUCAUUGAGCUUAUCAACAGAUACUAUUUCGAUAGGAAAAGAUAUCGUACUGACCUGCAGAGUCCACGGGAUACCAGCAAUUGACAGGAAAACCACCAGACAAUGGUCCAUGGGUGACGAUGACAAAUUGUUAUGUUACAAUGGUCAAAUAAAUAAUCCCAAAAAGUAUGAAGAAAGUGUACUUCUUGGAAAUGAAUUUGGUCUUACAAUAUUUAAUGUCACAGAAUCAGAUCUCAACGUAGUUUAUCAAUGUCGCUAUGGAUUCGAUGCAGCUAGUAAAUUAAUUGAGGCAGGUGACUCCAAAUUGUGUUUAUCAUUAAGAUUGGAAACCGAUUUAAUUGUAUUUGGAGGAUUUAUCAUAUUGAAAUGCACCAUAAAUGGAAUCACCACACUUGAAAAUGAAGUAACGAGACAAUGGUCAAUGGGAAAUGAUGACCAUCUUUUAAGCUACAAUGGCCGAAUUAACAAUCACAGAAAGUAUGAAGAAACUAUUUUUCCAGGCAAUGAGUUCAGUCUAAAAAUAGUCAACGUAACAGAACAAGAUGUAAAUAUAACUUAUCGAUGUCGAUAUGGUUUCAAUGCAGCCAACAGAUUCAUAGCAAUAAAUGAAAAUAACUUUGUUUAUUUACCAACGCAUGCGUCUACAAUAAUUAGUUAUGUCGUUAGAAAGCAAAUCGGAACAGUUGACAUUUCGGUUUAUUUCAAGAGAGUAUUUCCACUACCUAAUUGUUCGUUGAAUAUUGAUGAUUCUCACUUUGGUAUAGCUGACUUUUCUACGAAUGAGAUGGCCAUGGAAGUUAACCUUAGUAUAAGUCUACAAAAAAAUGUCUCAUGUUACCAUUCAUUCAACAUAUCUUGUUGUAUUGCGGGAACACCAUAUCAUGUAGGCAAUUUGAAAAUUAAUGAUGAAUGUCCCUUCAAAGGAAAGAUUGACACCAAGUCAAGCUAUGUAUUUACCCUGAUUCCUAUUGCAUGUAUAGUGAUGUUGGGUUUGGUUACAGUUUAUCUUAUUGUGAAAGGUUUGGCAUUUAGAAAACGAAAACACACAGGAAAAGAAACGAAGGAUGUGCACCAAAAGAAUGAUGAAAACAUUACGAAAUACGAAAACCUUAUUGCAUUUCCUAAAGGUCAGGAAUUUAGCACGUGUUUUACCUGCACAGGUACACAUUAUAUUAUUAAAACUAUUAAAAUAGCUGAGUCUGAAAAUGAAGAUGUUUUGCUUUUGCAAGAUGAAGAAAAUGAUAUUGAUAAUGAAGCCGAUGGCUAUGAUUUUCAGCAUCUGUAUGUUGCUAAUGAAAUAAAAAAUGAUGAUUUGAAUAGGAAAACUAGAGGUAGUGUAAAUAAACCUCCUAAAAAGCCUAAUAGAAUUAGAAAAGGCACUGCUAUUACGAGUGACAAAGCACCUAAAUCAGUCAAAAGGAAGGCUAAGGCUACUAGUGCUACUAGUAAAGCCACUAAAUCUCCCAGAGUUGAGGAUUUAUCUUCAGAGGAAUUAUCAGUGUUGAGGGAUAAGAUGGGCAUAUCUACAAUGGGCAAGUCGAUUGACACUUUGACUCAUCUUUUUAGAGGAUUUAUUAAUAAUUGUGGGAAAGAGCCUGUAAGGGCCCCUAGGUGUGAGACAGUUUCACAGUCUUCCAUUCAAGCAGAGGUUGUGAACCCUGCUGCUGUAUCCUCUAACACUCAAAUUUUGCAUCUAGAGGUUAAUUUAAAUGCAGAUUCUGUUCAGGAUUUUGAUCUGGAUUACUUAGAGGAUCCAGUAUAUUUACCUCCUUCUGGAGUCUCUGCUCGGGCUGAUGAUAGUCCAGCACCAGUUGAUUUUGACACAUCUUUUGACCCACCCCUAGGGUUUUCUAAUGCCUUUAGGACUCCUCUUAGUGAGGUUAAUGUACCACAAUCUCAACCUGUUGUUGAACAGGUAGAACAAUACGAUUAUGAUUUUGCUUGGGAAAUCCCACAAUUGAAUAUGGAAGAGACGACUGGGCCUAAAUUAUCUUCUGGCUUUCAAAGGCUGUAA